AUGCCGCCGCCGGAGAUGCUGUGUGAGGUGAUAGGUUUGCCAUCGGACGAUUCGAGUCACUUCAAGCCACAGGGAAAGUUCCGCCGGGCUGCACAGUAUAGGGGAGAGGAGUUGAAACAGCAGGCAGAUACGAUCGAUCUCUCGAUCUUGGGCUCGACCCUACUCGGACCUGGAUCCCGGAAGAAUCAUGACGCUGGAAUCAUGGACUAA